AUGGCGUCUUCUGGCUCCUUGAAAGACCUCUCUAAGGCAAUCAACGCCUACUACAGCAAUGCGCCGACACUCCCCCUCCCGGACGAGCUCACUCAAGCCAUUGAGGCGUACCUUGACAAGCAUGAGAAAUUUGACGAUCAAACCUCCGAGAAGCUGCACGAUGAACUGCAGGUCAUAUACAAUAGCCACGUUGCAGGCCAGCCGUCACGAUAUGCCAGCUUCAUCGCUAUCUUCCGCCGCUUCGUGACCGUGAUCCGCACUCCGGCCCGACUGUUUCACUGGUGGGACAUCAUGGGCGAAUCUGUCGAGAUGAACGCUGUGCAGGAGAAAGGACUACUGGAGGAGUCGGCCGCAGGCACUAUGGAUUUACUGAUGAUGGGAGAUGUCUAUGAGCAAGAAAACAAGGCAGACGGUGCUGUAAAUCCCUUUGCUGAACGCCUCUAUCUCGCCUGGAUGGACAAGCAUCGUCCUAUCGAAUCCUCGCAGGGCGACGAGAGCGAUAUUGGAGGAGGGUCCACCGAACGUCCCAUGCGAGAAGGCUUGAUUGCGUGGGGCAAAAAGAAACCCAAGGACUUCCUUCUACUCAUCGACAAAUAUUUUAUUAAGAGCGAGUAUCGGAGCAGAUCAGCGAGGAUGCUGUGCGAUUUCAUUCAGAAACAACCUCCACACUUGCAUUUGAUCUUACAAACACCUCUUUUUGGAAACUUACUUCGUUGCCUCCAACACGAUACCUCGACCACUGCAGUUUCUCUAGCGAUCACGACUCUGAUUAUGAUCCUCCCUCACAUGCCGAGCUCACUUGUUCCUUUUUUGCCGAUAUUGUUCAACAUCUACGCCAGACUGCUUUUCUGGGACAAUGAGCGCACUGGCACUGUUGAGGCAGCUUCGGAGGACAAUGACGCACGAAGCCUCACAUCCGCUUCCGGAUGGGAAGCCUCGACUUUCUGUGCGGAGUCGGACGAUCUCGAAAUUCGCCAUCUCGCAAGCUACUUCACCAUCUUGUAUGGAAUGUACCCUCUCAACUUUACAGACUAUAUCAGAAAGCCCCAGCGCUACCUCAGGCAUGCCAAUGCCGCCGAGUCUGACGAGGUCGACGUUCAGCCGACCGAGAUUCGCGAUCGAUCAGAGAGGUUUCGACAAAGUCACCUCUUGCAUCCCAACUUUUAUACUCUCACGAUAGACUCGGAAAAAACUGACCUUGGGCGUUGGCUCAACUGCGAGCCGGCUGAGCUGGUGGCUGACUGCAUGGCUCUCCGAGUGCCCACCGACACAGUCUCAAGUGAGCUCAUGCCUGCAGCUCAGGCUGCAGGGGCUGCCAGUUCUUUCUUUAGUGAUGGGUCCGAAGGCCUUGAUCCUGCACUUCUCAGUGGUUCAGGUCCAGACUCGAAUAUUGACAGCUGGAGAAAUACGCAGGACUCGGGGCGCGAAUCGCAGGCGAGCAGCAGGAUACAGUCGACAGUCCAGCGGCAGCCAUCUCAAUCAAGUCAUCUUUCUAACAAAGAUUCCACGGAUACGCGGAGCCGCGGAGUUGACGGAGACAGCCCGACACUCCCUCCUCAUCUUGUUGUGUCCAGUUCGCAUACGCACCUGCAAGAUAUGAUACAAUCCAACAAGGCCAUCAAGUCAGGCUUGCAUCAAUCUCUGGCGAAUGAUAGCGUGCCAUCGUUGGCUCUAAGUCAUGCCGAUUCUUUUCCAGAAGGCCUGGCAAGUCACGUCCCGAGCCAUGCACCAACGCCCGCGCCAGUGGUCCCGUCGCCACUAUCUCUUGCUGGAACACAAACACAAUCAGCCUAUUUGCAGCGGCAGGUCAUGCUUCUGCAGAACGAUCUGAACUUUGAAAGAUAUCUGAAGCAGCAGCAUAUGGCACACAUUGGUGAGCUGCGGCGAAAGCAAGUUCGCGAAGCUGCAAGCGAAGCCGAGGCGCAGCACCUUAUCCUGGCGAACCGCAACCUGAGAAACAGACUUGAUGAUGCGAAGAAGGCGGAGAUGCAGAUCAGAAAGGAAUCUGAAAGGAAGUCGAAAAAGACCAAGACGACAGAGGAGUCUUUGCGUAGAGAGCUGCUGAGCGCAAAGCAGGAGGGCGAGAAGCUCCGCAAGAUUGUGUGCGACGCCGAGGUAAAGGAACUGAACUCAAGGCAGAACAUGCAAUCUGUUGAGAUCGAGGCAGCCGAGAUCUCUCGUCUCAAGGCUGAAGUUGACAGACUCACCAUGUCAGAGCGUGAUCUUCAGGCCAAGGAGGUAGAGAGACAGACGGCGAUGAAUUCAGCUGCCGAGUCCGACAAUCGCUCUGAGAUACUAGACCUCAAGCUUGCAUCCAAGGAGAGAGAACUCGAAAAGACCAAGAAGCUCUGCCAGUCUCAGAUUGCUGCUCUCACGAUGCAACUAGCAGAGGCGCGGGAAGGGCGACGACCUAGGCGUACAGUCACCGCCGGCGACGAGACAACGGCGGAGGGGACCCUUGCGGCCAGUCGAGCAAAACAGGCUGAGCUGCAGAAGCAAUACACGAACCUCAUGAGGAGGUUUACCGUGUUGCAGUCCCAAUACGAGGAUGGCAAGUUGGCGGUAGGUUCCGUUACGUCGCAAGGCCGUAACGAAUUCCCUUUCCGCAUGGAGGGGGACGACGGGUCGACUUAUUCCAGUAGUCCGGUCAAUGUAAGGUCAAGGCCGCAUCGGGUUUUUUCCGACUCGGACUAUCUCGACCCGGCAACAUCAUCGUUCAACACGACACCGGCGCUCGACACGAAACCUUCAACGCCAGCUCCCACAGUGUCUACAUCGCCGGGUACAGAGGGGGCAGGCUCAGGAAGCAAUGCGAGCCCGGACCAGCGGAUCUACGGUCGAGGCGAGUGUAUGCCUCCGAGGCUGGCGGGGUGUUCAGAAUCGGAUACGCAAGGAAGAGAAGGGUAAGAAGAGGGAAGACGGCGACAAGAAAGAAAAGAAGUCAGCGGGAAUCCGCGGCAUACGAGGAUUUGUUUGAUGAUGGUAGGGUCCGAUCGAGCAAGCACGACGAGAUGACACGAUACGAAUAGGGACGACAGUGAAGCAAGCAGAAUGAUACCCAAUGCAACCUUAGGAGCGAUCAAUUGAGCGAUCUUCACUUCACUUGAAAAGACAGGCUGCAUCAAUUGAGCGAUCUUCACUUC